UAGGAACCCAAUGAUUACAAAUCUCACAUACUUUAACGCACCGCCUGAGAGCUGGUCCAUUUACGGAUAUUAUAAGUUUAGAAAACAACAGCGCGACUUUAGAGGAAUUUUUCGUAACGAGAACUCCUGGUUGAAGAAAAGUCUGAAUGUCAUUAAAGAGAACUCGGAGAAAAAAUAUAGUAUAAAACAGGCAGAGCACCUUUUAGCUGCUCUGUUGACGACCUUUCUAGCUCGUUGUGGUGGAAUAAAUCUCGAGCACCUUUCCAGCUGCUCCGUUGAUGGACCUUUUAGCUCUGUUAGCGAAUCAAAACCCACGACUAGGCAGAGCACCUUUUUAGCUGCUCUAUUGACGAUCUUUCUAGCUCGUCGUGGAAGAUUGCAUUUGCUGUUGAAUCAAAUGUCCGAUCCAGAUGUUGCCGUCUUUUGGAAAGAUAUUGACCACGAAAGGGAACUGGAUACCGCGCGGAAUGAAGGGAGAUUACAGCUUGCUAGAGCGACAACUGACGGGGUUGUGGAUGCAAUCAAUGCAACAAAUGAAAUACACCGGCAGAAUCUUUUAUCUUUGCUCCCGGUGGGAUAUAGUCCAACAGUUGACUUGAAAUUAGGCGACCAUGCUACGCGGUUAAAUUCCUCGUCCGAAUAUACACCGACUGCGCAAUUAGAUUCUUCGUCCGAAUAUAUUCCUUCUAAUGGAUCAGAGGAGGAUGAACUUGAGUUUACUCCAGUAGGACGUAAAAAAUCCAAAAAGGCAAAGUUGAAAUCAAAUGAAUCUUCAUUUUCUCUUCAAUUUUCUGGACAGUCUCCAACUGAUAAUCAAUUACAAAGAAACGACUUAAUCAUAGACGAAAACUCAAAGAUGGUAGGAAAUUAUGUACGAGAGAAGACUACGAGAUCCUUAGAGGCAGAAGAUGGUUAUGAUCGUUGUUACAAACGUCAACGCAGGAAAUACGAUCCAAUCGAUAUUGAAGAACCUUCGCUAGAUAAAAUUUUGAAAGGAUACCAAGGAGGGAAUACAUUUUCAGCGUCUCAACAAUCGUGUAUAGUUGAUAGUACUUUUAAAAGCGACACAACAAGUAUAAUGACAGAUACAGCGAUAAAUU